AUGAUGAGUGAAUCAACGGGCUUACUUUUGGAAACAUUAUGGAACGAGCUUCCUACAGAGGUUGAGAAUUUGCUGGAUACCUCUGAGGCUUACAAAACGGAUGCGCUGAAAUUUCUUACUGAUUUGUUAGAUCAGGAUAGAUCAGAGACUUUGCUUUCUACGAACGUGAAACCAAGCUUCGAGACCGAACAUUCUGGACACACUUUGAUAGAACGAAUUGCAGAGCUGGAAUCAUCGCAACGAAUCCUAGAAGCACAAAUUAAAAAGUGUGUCCAUUCAAACCUAAACAAUUCUCUAAAACUAAACAAGGUCUAUACUGAUUGUGUCUCUAUGUUCAAAAAUGACUUCAAUGAAUGCCGCGAAUUUCUAUCCACCAAUUUCAGCAAGUCAGAAGAUGCUAUGGACACACAGCAGAAAUCGGAAGAGAGCAAUUGGAAAGAUUUACUAAAAACUCAACAUCCGUACUCGAAACAUGAACAACUGCAAGAAAAUCGGCAAUCGUCGUCUAUCAUUUUGAGCAAAAUGGAUAAUAUUAUGGACAUAUUAGAGCUCCCUGCUCUUGCCAAUGCUUGUGUAAAGACGGGCCAUUAUGCUGAGUGCGUAGAAAUUGCGUCACAUGUGCGAAGGCUGUCAAUCAGGUAUUCAGACAUUGCUAUCAUUCAGAGAGUGGAGCAUGAUGUUCAACUCGAAAUAAGAGAAAUGGUGAAUGGACUCAUACGAUUACUGAACACCGAUCUUCGCCAAUCUUCGAUCAUAAAGAUUGUCACUUAUUUGAAGCGUAUAGGCCCAUUCCAGAAAAGGCUAAAAGAACAGGAGGAUAACAGAUUAGUUCAGGAAAGAGAUACAGAAUUGGUCAGUAACGAAUUCCUACAAAAAAUAUUCCUGAAGUCUCGUUACCAAUUCAUCUUGAAUGAGCUCGAUGUGCUCGUUCCAUUGAAGAAGAGCAACUCUAUUGACAACUACCUAAAACGGUGUGUUGAAGUAAUCAGAGAGCAUUGUUUUCAAACUGUUGUGACCUUUGAGUCUAUAUUCCCAAAUGAUAAUAGCAAGGCAGUCAAGAAUCUCCUUUACUCUUUUAUCAAAUCUUUGAUAUAUCGUUUAUGUGAAAUAUUGAAAGAGAAUUGGAGCCAAGUUGGAGAUACAAAUAAGGAUGGAUUACUUUUGCAACUCAUCUACUGUUCUCAGAGUCUCGGGAGAAUUGGCGGAGAUUUCAAUGUCAUAAUUCUUGAUCAACUGAAGGACGCUAUUGAUAAAGAGAAUUGGUGCACUGUUCUAAGGAAACAGCGUGAGCUGAUAAAAUCUUUGAGCAAAAGCAUGGACGAACGCAACGUUCACAAACCAAUUGAUGUGUAG